AGGAAGAACGGAAACGGUGCUUUGCGAGUGGCGGCACCACCUCCGCUGCGCCUCGGCGGUUAUUUUUACGUUCCGAUUGUCGUUCCGCGGCGGCGCGAGGUGAGGGAGGGAGUUCGGUGGUUCGGUUCGUGCAGACCUCAGUCCACGCCGAACCCGAGCUUCGCGAGGAGCCGCGUGAUGAACUUGACCUAGCCGCGUGAUAAUCCCCGCUCAAGUUUAUGAUCACUCGCCGCGUUUCACUGUCGUCAUUCUCAUCCGGCCACGGUCAAGCGUCAAGGAAAGAACCUUGCUGUCAAAGAUUAGCCGCUCGCCACCCCAGGAAGCCUACACUUUACCAGCUGGUGCUGGUGCACAGGGAUCUUUGUUGUGAAGUAAGUUGAAGCCGACAGCAUGGAGGCUGAAGAGCAAAGGGCGACUUUUGGUGCAGCGGACUAUGCAGUGUUCGCAGUGAUGCUUGUGGUGUCGUCGCUCAUUGGCAUUUACUACCGGUUUACGGGUGACCGGCAGCGGACAGCACGUGAAUAUCUAGUGGCAAACAAGAACAUGUCGGUGGUGCCUGUGGCAUUCUCACUCAUGGCAAGCUUCAUGUCUGCAGUUACGCUGCUGGGCGUGCCUUCCGAAAAUUACUACUAUGGCACUCAGUUCGUCGUUAUCAACAUUGCAUACAUCUUUGGCACACCCAUUGCUGCCUAUGUUUUCCUGCCCGUGUUCUACAAGCUCCAGGUCAUCAGUGUUUACGAGUACUUGGAAAGAAGAUUUGGGAAGGCUACCCGUCUGGCUAUGUCUGCUACGUUUGUCAUACAAAUGGUGCUGUACAUGGCAGUCGUGUUGUACGCGCCAGCUGUGGCCCUGAGCGCUGUCACUGGUAUAUCAAAGUGGCUUUCAAUUAUCUCUGUGGGUCUGGUCUGCACAUUUUAUUGCACUAUUGGUGGCAUGAAGGCUGUUCUGUGGACCGACCUGUUCCAGUCAAUACUCAUGUUUGUGUCCAUGUUUGCUGUUGUUGGUGUGGGCACCUAUAGGAUGGGCGGUAUCUCCAACGUCUGGAAUGAAGCGCUUGCUGGAGGAAGGAUAGAGUUUUUAAACUUUGACCCAGACCCAACUGUGCGCCACACCGUGUGGACUCUGGCCAUUGGAGGCAUCUUUGUCUAUGUGUCCCUCUACGGCGUCAAUCAGGCUCAGGUUCAGAGGCUCAUGACUGUCAGCACACUCAAGAAAGCACAGCUUGCUCUUUUCCUCAACUGGCCCAUUGUUUCGGCACUGAGCUUGAUCACAAGCUUUGCUGGUAUUGUGAUGUACGCAAACUUCAGGCACUGUGAUCCUUUGUUGACGGGCAAGAUAACCAAAACAGAUCAGGUGCUGCCCUAUUUUGUGAUGCUCUACCUGGGAGGAGUCCAAGGCCUGCCUGGGCUCUUUGUGGCUGGUAUUUUCAGCGGAGCUCUUAGCACAGUCUCGUCAGCAGUAAACUCCUUGGCGGCUGUCUUGCUGGAGGACUUCGUGCGGCCAUUUUGCAUUUCCCAAAAGACUUAUGACAAGCACGCAUCUCUCAUUCUCAAAGUUCUUGCUUUCUUCUUUGGCGUCCUGUGUGUACUGCUGACGGGUGUGGUGGAGCAGCUAGGCGGUGUUCUGCAGGCGUCCUUCAUGAUCUUUGGAGUGGUGGGUGGCCCACUGCUUGGAGUCUUCACACUAGGCUUUCUUUGUCGCAGAGCCAAUCAGGAGGCAGCACUGUCUGGUCUUGUUGCGGGCCUCCUGAUGGGGUUCUGGAUCGGAACCGGUGCCACUGUGUAUGGUGUGAAGCCAGAGAGUCUUCCUCUCCUUGAUGAUAGGUGCCCAGCAACGUCAGGUGCCACAAGUGCCUUGACAACCACUGUGUCCUAUGUUUCGGAGAACGUAACCACAGCUGCAGUCACCAUUCUUGCUGAAAGCAUGGUAUCCGACAACGGAACAUCUGUCAAUGUCAUUGCUGGCGAGAGGUACAUAUUGCCUCUGUACCGUCUGUCGUACCAGUGGUACUGCGGCGUUGGCUGGCUGGUGGUCGUCGUGGUUGGCAGCAUAGUCACAUUGCUUACGGGUGGUGCCAAGGACGUUGACCCUUACUGCCUGAGCCCAUUGGUUAGCAAGAGUCCCAGCUGUCGUCAGCGUUCCUGGUCACUGGGCAGAGUACGACAUUCAUCAGUCACAAGUUCACAGGCAUGCAGACUUUCUUGAGACCCGUGCUGUUUGUUUUCCAACUUCUGACUUACCUUUUUAUAUUCCCAUGAAUGCGAUCAAAGAAUAGCAUCUGUUGAGAAUACCUCACUCAAGCUGCAAUGGGGAGGAACCUGGCAGCAGCAAGUCAUCAGUUUUAUUUUUCAUUCUCACUAGAGCAAGGCACAGAGUUCACCUUGGGGUACGCCACGCAGUCUUAUGGUCUGUAAAAAACCCUCUUAUCAGAUUUUUUAUACUACAUGUUUUAUUAUUCUUUCAUAGCACCUGUGCCAUUCAUGACUCACAUUUUUAACGUUUUGGGCUUCGUUUUGCUCAUUUCUGCUGACAGUGCCAUUUUUUCUUUGGUCUUUUAAUGAACAUUUGUGGCCUGUUGUGGAUAUUUUGUGUUUCACUUCAGUUUGAUUUUAUUUCGUUAUCAUCAAACAUCAGAAUUCUUGUUAGUUUCUUUCUUCGGAAGCCUGCACCAGGGAUUUAAGUUUAAAUGUAGCAGAUGAGCUACAGAUCUCAGAUUUAGUAGACUUCUAUAAGUGAUGCUCAGAUCUGUGAAACACACCUUUGAAGGUGUAUUGAACACAAAACUUAUCCGAGUCUUCCAUGCCAAGUUCAGCCAUGGCAGAAGUGAUGCAAUGCACUUUUUUACCUUUCCUCCCCCUCCCCCUUCAGCCGUCUCUUUCCUUGUUGUUAUUGCUGUCGGUAUGUAAACGUUGUAGCAAAUGCCGUCCUUAUUUUUGUAGUUGUGAAUUUCAUGAAAUGGACUGAGGUAUUGUUGUAUAGCUGAAUGUUGGUGCUAGUUCACAGGUAUCGCUGGUCUGGUUGCCGAGGCUGAACAUUUUUGAGUGCCAUGUAGAGGAAUGGUAGAUACAGAAUGUGUUACAUACCUGACAUCUCAACAUGGCCUGUUGCUAGGGUUCACCUGUCAAGAGUGGUUAUAACUUUAAAACACGUUUCAGAGCUUGUGAGAGAAUGUGGAAUGUUGUUCUUUCAUAUCCAGUGCAAAAAGAUGUUCAUGUUACCCUUGGGACAAAUUAUGGAGUGUUAGAAAUGCUGGUGUCAUUGUGUUCUUAUAGAUUGGCACAUUUGAAACUGAGGAAUUUAUAUUUAAUGUGGAUACUUGCUGAAAGCGACAGUAAACAGCAAUCAUCGCAUAGCUUGAUAGGUGUUCUAAGGACAUCUGAGGGCCACAGUUGUUUGUAAUCAACAAAGCAGAGGCAGGCUAGUUUAGGAAAAGCGAGAACAGCAGAACAGGUGCAAAAAUGAAGAAAGGAAAUGACUGAAGACAGCCAAUCAAUUUAUUAUUAUUUGAGAGUCCAGCAUUGGUUCGAUUUUUUUUUUGCCUUCAUCUGUUUGCAUUAUAUGCUCAUUUUUCCUUGAACAAAAUGUCUCUGAAACGAUCAUCAAAACUCUUUCUAGUGUCACGUUUUUUAACACUUUCUUAAAUAUAGAGUUGAGUUAGGCAUCCUCUUGAGGACAGAUGUGUUGGGAAAUGUUCACAUUUAGAAAUGGCUGCGACGGCGUAAAGAGGUUCUCAGAAUUUGGUAGCAACAGCAUUUUGUUAAAAGAACCUGCUUGGCCUUGCACUUCACAAGCUGUGUGCAUGUUAAUGAACUGCAAUGUGUACAUAGCAUAGUUCAGUUGCUGUGUUUUAAGAGGAGCCCCCAUGGUCUGUGUGUUACGGGAGAACAAACUACUGUAUAUCCUCCAGAGCAUAUCUUGCAUUGUCUGAAACAUUGGGCACAUAUUCACUAAGUUAUUUUACACAUUCCGCCAAACAGUACACCUUUACAUGGUAGGAACUUUAUAUUAUUUUUUACGAAAACAAAAUAUAUUUUUCUUUCUCUUUUUUGGAGGAAGCUUAAUUUCAAAGUGCAAUACGUUUAGUAGGUGAGACAUCGCUGUCUAGAUGUGCCCCUCUUAAAUUUUUGCCCUUUUCGGGCAUCAGGCUCAUUGGGCUCAUCUCGGUCAUAUUUUUAGUGUGGGUGUAGCUUAUUGGUGAAAUGCCCAUUUUAUGUUGUGCGAUGAAGAUGCUGUACGUGUUCAUAUGGACUGCUUUCUUAUGGUUGACAGGAAUGCUUUCUCAUGGUUGCCAGUUGAGGUGGAUAACCUAUUAUAUGUGUCAGCUAUGAUAAUGGUUUUGGCAUUCUGCAGUGUGAAAUAGACACACCAAUGACAGGUAAUGUUGACGCAAAAAAUAUGACGGAGAUGUGUUUAAUGUGAUGGGCCAUGUUAGCCGGUAGUGUUUUGAGUUUUUUCGAUUUGUGAUCGAAAGUUUAUUUUUCAUGUUGUGUUGUUUUAGAAGUUUGGAUGUUUUCAGAGUUUUAGAACAUGCUUGGUGGUUUUCUUUCUCAUAGCAUUAACAUUACUGUAUAUGAAUCUUAAUUUUAAAUGUGCUCCCUUGUUUGGUUUUGCUCAGUAUUUGAGCACUUCUCUGUUUAUGACACAGGGUGGAUUGACUUUGUUAGUGGUUGCUACAGGUGGGUAUUUUGUGGCAGCUAUCACUGCAGCAUCCAUAUCAAUGAGUGUUGAGGCUUGAUUAUUUGUAAGGGUCAAGCAUGGGGCAAUAGAAUCUGAUUUGAUUAUAAUCAAGACUUUUUUAUAGCAUGUGCUUUAAGUGGUUCGCUUUUGAUCUCUCUUCAUGGGCUUGUGUGAAUUUUUCUAAUGGUUGUGAAGCUCCAAAAACAUUGUUUUAAGGUGCCGUUGAACAUGUGAACAAAGAAAAUGAAAUUAAAUUAUUAUACUCUAAAGGAA